AUGUUGUUUCGUUCAUCAAAUCUUCGUAUUUUUGGUAUUUUGGCUCUUGUUGCUACGAUUGUAUAUGCACUCUUUGGACGAUGGUUACUUGCAUCCAAAUCUUUUUAUAAUAUAAAUUAUAAAAUAGAUUCUUCAUCAUCUUCAAUAUUAAGAAUCAUGCAAUCACAACAUAUUCCAUCCAUUUUUAUAGAUACGCCAAUGCGUGAGGAACUUGCUCGACUUUCCUAUGACUUUAUCAGAGUUUCGCCAACUGAACUAAAUCAACCACUAUCUACACGUGAAUAUAAAGCAGAAAUUUUACCUUAUGAUGAAAACAAAUUUCGUCAAUCAUCAACUCCUAUUCUAUGGCUGGAUAAACAAAAAGAUGUUCGAUGGAAUCAAGCUGCUGAACGUGCUAUGAUAGAUUAUCUUACUCAAAAGCAAUUUCCUAAUUAUAAUCGAAUUGCAAACUCAUCACUUAAUAAGCCAGAAGUAUUAAAAACAUGCAGUUCACGAUCACUCUUUGCUCUACAUCAGCAUUGGUCAGGAUUUUUUAGUCGUGUACUUUGUUUUAUUGCUCAAUUCGGUCAAACUCUCUAUACACCACGUAUAGCUGUAUUUCGUGGAAGUAGAUUUUCAAGUUCACACGGAGAUGUAGAUGAUUUCUUAGCUCAAGGUGUUAAACGUUUUUUUUUACCCAUGUCAAUUUGUACAGCAUAUGAAUAUCAUCCGGAAAUGGCAGAACUGAAAAAGCGUAUUGAAGAUUCACCAAAUCAAAUACUUAUAAAAACCAGCAAAGAAUUACAUAACAAUAGAAAUAAUAAAGAAGAUCGCGCUCUAUUCUCACUCGAAUUCUGGAAACUAGAUUAUCAUCAUGUACCUAUACGAAAGUGGUUAUUUGAUCGAAAGAAAACAUCGGUUUCAUACGAUUCUCCGAUACAUAUUCUUGCCGACCAUUCUGAUGAACAUAUAUAUGCACCGAAUAAUGAAAAAAAUGUCUCACUUGGUGAAUGGAUUGAUCGAAAUAAGCCAGAUGCAUUCUCGUCUGAUCUAUUACCAAAUGCUGGUCAAUAUAAAUUAACAUGGACAGAUUAUGUAUUUGGUUCGUUUCUUCGUUAUAUGUUUACUUUAUUUUUUGGUUCACAAAAUGCUCCACGUAUAGAAUAUGGCGUUAAAUUAGUUACUGAACAUUGGCUGAGCUAUUUAACUGACAAAUAUUCUAUUCCAGCUAAAACUAAUGUUUUUGAUAGACUUGCUGGCUUAUAUAUUCGUCGUGGUGAUAAAUCACCGGAAGAUUCAUUUUGGCGUCAACAUAAACAUUGGCGUAAUCUUUCUCUUUAUGUCAAAGGUAUUGUCGAUGAAGAACGACGUCGAGAUACGACUUAUCAAUAUAUUUUUGUUAUGUCAGAUGAUAGUUCUGUUGUAUCAACACUUCAGGAUUAUACAAAUCCACGUUCUCAAGGUACUGAUGAACCAUAUGCACGAAAACAUUUACGCGGACGAGAAAUUCUUUACAAUGUAUUAGCACCACAAGCAUGUUUUGAUCCAUUUGUUCGUAUUGGAUUUGAUCAGUUUCUUGUUAGUUUGAGAUUUUUAAUUCAACAUUCGGCACUUACAAUAGGUCAUAUAGAUUCCAAUGUUUUUCGAUUCUUACGUGAAGUUAAGUAUGCUCAACAACAACAACGUAUCGGCGUACAAACAUACACAUACACUCUAGAUGCUCCGAAUUCUUUGGAUGAUAAACCAUAG